AUGCAUCAGAGUUCUCUCACUCCUCAAGUCGCUAUUUUCGUGGUGCUUUCAAGAAUGGCGGAGCAGUAUGAUGAUGGUGACUUUGAUGAUGGUGUUAAAAGUAAAUACAAAGCACCGGAAAAACGCACUCUGGAGGAGUUAAAGGAUCUAGAUAAAGAAGAUGAAAGUUUACAAAGGUACAAACAAGCACUUCUCGGUCCAGCUCUCGGCAAUUUUGAAGUUCCCUUUCCAGAUAACCCUUCAAACGUUGUAUUCCAAAAGUUCUAUAUUCUCAUUGAUGGGCAAGCAGAUAUUAUUUUUGACCUUCGGGGUGAUCUCUCCACUCUUAAGUUGAAACCUGUCCAAAUCGUCGAAGGAUGCAGUUAUCGUGUUCAGAUAGAGUUCUUUGUACAACGAGACAUUGUUUCUGGACUUCGUUUUAAACAAUGGACACAUAAAGGCCCUAUUCCAGCUGAUAAAUUAUCCGUAAUGCUCGGCAGUUAUGGUCCACAAUCAAAGGCACAUAUCUGGACAUCAGAACCUGAACAAGCUCCUAAAGACUACAUCACCUGGGAAUGGUGUAUUAAUGUUACUAAGAAGUCUGCAGAUUCUUAA